AUUUCUGAUGCCCACCAAUAUAAAGCCCGCCCAACAGACUGGGCUGGCAGAUCCGGUUCACAACAUCCUCUCUCUCUCGCUCGCUCAAACUUACACAUCAACACACCCAACUGAAAUAGGAGAGAAAAACCAGAGAGAGAGAGAAAGAGAACGGGGGUCGGUAGCUGAUAAUUGGCGUUGUGGUGGAGACCAGAGGUCAACCACCUCCUUCUUCCUGGAAACUCUAAUCUCCCCGGAGCUGUAUGGAUCCGUCCGGGUCCACUCGUUUCGACAUCUUUGAGAUUUAUCGCCGAUUCUGCGAUAUCAGGACAGGAAAUGGAUAUGGUCAUGUGGAAGGUUAUAGAGAAAAUGAUGAUUCACAGAUGGCUAAAUAUUCAAGGGAGGCGUUAACUCAGCUCUUAAAUCUGCUGGAAUCAAAACUACACGCUAGGAUAUCAAUUUUUGAUGAAGUUCUCAAGCUAAUGUUGCGUCUGGAUUUGAUGGCAGACUUUUCUGAAUACUCACGUUUCUAUGACUUUGUUUUCUUCAUGUGCCGUGAAAAUGGUCAGAAGAAUAUCACUGUAAAUAAGGCAGUGACUGCAUGGAGAUUCGUCCUAGCUGGGAGGUUUCGGUUGCUGAAUCAAUGGUGUGAUUUUGUUGAGAAAAAUCAGCGGCAUAACAUCUCUGAAGAUACAUGGCGGCAAGUUUUAGCUUUUAGCCGCUGUGUGCAUGAAAAUCUGGAAGGGUAUGAUCCUGAAGGAGCUUGGCCUGUUUUAAUAGAUGACUUCGUUGAACAUAUGUACAGGGUUUUGGGAUCUAACAAUAACUAUAGCUUCAACUGCAACUGCAGUGAUUCAGAAUCCUGGUCAUGUACAUAUGAUGACCCUCUUCCUGGAUUGAAGAUUUUACCCGGUUUGAAGAGAAAGUUACCUGGGGACAUGCAGAUCGAUGAAAUGGUAUCCUCACCCACCCUGUUCCCACACUGUACAGACUGGAAUCCUGCAUUAAGCACUAAAAAAAGUCGUGCGAUGUCAUACAUACCAGCAAACUGGGACGAUACUACAUCAGGAAAUACUGUGGAUGAUUCCAUGGAAACCGUAAGACAUAGCAGUCCACUGAAUUCGUCAAAAUCUCCAUGCGCAGUUGAAGGUUGCCUGUUGAAGGGCUUUGCAGGACUGCUUUCUACACGUUCCUGUCUGCAGUUUGAUCGGGAGAGGGGAGUUUCAUUUUCGUAGAGUAGCAAACAUCGAAUGUGUCUUUUACAAGGAGAUGCGGUUUGAUAUAUUUGGAUGCUUUGGAACACAAAUUAGAGUUAGUCUAUCUUAUCAAUUUGUUCGCUUAGUGUUCAUAAUAGUCUUCUAUUCGGAUUGAUAAAACUAAUAAAUUUAAUUUGUAUUCCCGGUGUGUCCGAGUCUUAUGGAAAUGGCGAUUUUUGUUUUUCUCA